UGCUUACCCGCUUAUAUGUUUGUGCCCUCCCGUCCCAAUCGGAAGGACGCGCGUUUUGUACUCGUAACGGAAAAUCAAUCACCGAAUGGUGUUGUGUGUAUCGAAUGGCCAAAGUGAUGGAGUUGUCCCUGGUGGCUCAAUACGAUGAGCUUCGGCGUUCGUUUGAAGUGUUUCGCGACGGUGCGGCCGAGGUGGAGUUUCUGCGCUUCGUCCAGCUGCAGGACGAGUGCCGGAUGCAGUGGCUCAAAUCGAUCGAGGAAGCGAAACGGCUGCAGCACGAGCUGGACAAUGCACUGCGCAUCAUUACGAACCUCGAAUCGAAGCUGUUUCACGCCCGCAAAUUGCUCGAGACGGAAACGAAGGCUCGCCGGCAUGCGGAGCACGAGCGUGAUUCGAUGGAACGCAAGAUGAUGGCCGUGUGCGAGAUAGUGCGGAACGAGCAAACGAUCCGGGACGAAACGCGUGAACAGUUGGCAGUGUUUGCGACGGAACCGAGACGCAGAUCGCGCCACGGUCACGCGGUCGAUGGAGGAGCGGACCGGGAGCUAGGCGGCGUGGACAAUGACAUCAAUUCCACUGGGUCGUUUCUGGUGGAUCUUUCUCUGACGCAAUCGGAAGAUGAUUUCCUGGAACCGCUCAAAAUGCAAGCGAAACGAAAGUCGUGGAAGAAGCAUCGCCCAUCGUACAAUAACAACACUAGCGUUAAGGUGCCCCAGGAGCCACCGAAACGUGUGAUGGAAAUUAAUUCAACCUCGCACAUCAUGGAACCGCGCACGGAGGGUGAAAUUAUUGCACACGCCAAGAUAACGGUCCCGACCGGACCAGACGGUGGACCGAUUCAGGCCGAGUCAACUUUCCGCACGAUGGCUCCCCAAAACCGACUUCCUCCGGCGGUUGUUUCGAGCUGCGCAUCGUCCAACUCUACGGCCGCAACCAUCGUCAAUGUGGCACCAACCACACCGGCACAGGAAAAACAAGAACCCAAGAAAACGGUCAUUCAGCGGCAGCACGAUCUGGUCGGUCGAACGUUCAUUAGCUCGGACACAUGCAACCAGUGCCAGGAACGGAUCCGCUUCGGUAGCAGCGGUCUCCGGUGUCGCGAAUGUAAGGCCCUGUUCCACGGGUACUGUCGCGAAAAGAUAUCCUUCCCGUGCGUACCGCAAUCACAAACCAAGAACGUUCGUCGCGGUACAGCCAGCACCGCGACCGCUGCCAACAACGGUGGCCCUGCAACGCCACAAGCCUCGGGUGCCAUCAACUGCCUGGAAGACUACUGUCCCUCGUCGAGCCCUCGCAUCCCAGCAUUGAUCGUGCACUGUGUGAGCGAAAUCGAAAACCGCGGCCUUACCGAGGUCGGCCUGUACCGUAUGUCCGGCUCGGAGCGGGAGGUACGCGCUUUGAAGGAGAAAUUUUUACGUGGCAAAACCAUUCCCACACUUGGGCAGAUCGAUGUGCACGUGCUUUGCAGCUGCAUAAAAGAUUUCCUACGCACCUUGCGCGAACCACUCAUCCCGUGCGCUCUUCUUGGUGAGUUCUCCAGCGCAGUGACGGGUAGUUCGAGCCCGAACAGUGACCAUCGUACACGGGAACAGCUGUGCCAGUUGAUCGAACGGCUACCGGCACCGAAUCGCGAUACGCUCGCGUUCCUUAUGCUGCACUUCCAGCGGGUAGCCCUUUCGGAGCAGGCCAAGAUGCCGAUCGAUAAUCUGGCCCGUGUGUUUGCACCAACCAUCGUGGGGUACUCGCGCAUCGAUCUGGACAUGAAUGCGAUGUGUGCCGAAACGUACGUGCAGUUUAGCAUCGUGCAGGCAAUGUUGCAAAUUCACACCGACUACUGGAGCCAGUUCAUCCUGCUACAACCAGCAAGCGGUUGUUACGGUGAGGAGAGCGGUAAGAAGGGUACCGCCCCAACACCAGGCAGACGCGGUGGUGUGGGCGAGCUUAUGACGCAAGCGCUGGAAAAGGAACGACGCAUGGAAACGCCGAUAUUGCGCCGGCCUCGCAAGGACAGGAAGUAUUAUGCGACACCACCGUAUAAGACGUCGAAGGAUUGA